CUUUGCAUUAGUUUUUUGAUUUUUGAAGUUAAGUUUAAUUGGGCUGAAACUACAUAAAAAACUAAAUAUACCAAAAAACAAUUUCGUGUUUUUCUAAUAAUUCUUCUAAAUUUGAAUAUUAAAUUUGAUAUCUUCCAUCUUACACGUAAGACCGUGCUUCCAUCUUUUUUUGAGUCUCGUCUUGAGUGAAUUGAUAGGUAAUAUCUGAGAAAACUAACACAGUUAGUGGUCUGUGGGUCACACUAACCGAAGAAUCAUUUUAUACAAUCUGAAAUUAGGGGAUAUUUUUAAUGCAAACUAUGUACAGAGGAUCUUGAAUCAUUAUAAGUGCUCCACUAGCCUGGAUAGUCUGCUAUCUAGAUUGAUGAAUAAUAAGAGAGGCCUAAGGUUACUGUUUAUCUGUGGGCUAUCAUGUCAGCUGAUUUAGAAGACUUGUGAUUGAAAAUAACCUCAAAGUCAGUGAACUUAAUAAACUAUAAUUUUUUUAUAAGAGUCAUUAAAAUGAAAAUAAUUAUUCUAAUUACCGUUCUUUUCCAAGCUUUUAAUUUUGGUCGAUGUCAUUUAGAAGUAGUUCAAGACGACGAGGUAUUAAAUUUGAUACGAACUGAAAAAUAUGUUGUAGUAUUAUUUUCAAGAAAGUACUGUGAACCAUGUGAUAAUUUUGAGAAUGAGUUAACUUCGUUACGAGAAGAUUUAGUAGAAACGUUGAAUGCAUGGGUGGUAAAAGUUGAAGAUAGUCAGUUGAGUAGGUUAUAUAGUCCUGAUAAAGAACCUAUAUUGGUGUUUUUCCGACAUGGCAUUCCAUUACUUUAUGACGGACCUGUAAACGAUGAGUACAUAUUGCAUACAUUUACUACCAAUAAGGAACCAUUAUCUAAAGAAUUGACAGAUAAUACAUUCGAACAUCUGACACAAGCUUCAACUGGCGCAACUACUGGAGAUUGGUUUGUUAUGUUUUAUUCUACAGAUUGUGUGGAGUGUAGUCGCUUACAAGCUAGAUGGGAAGCAGUAGGUGCUUACAUCAAGUCAAGAAUCAACAUAGCUAGAGUCAAUAAAGGUGGAAGUGGUGCAGUAACAGGUAGAAGGUUUGAUGUAACAACUGUUCCUGCAUUUAUUUUAUUUAGGCAAGGUAAAAUGUAUCGCUAUCAUUUACAUAAAUAUGAUGUUGAAUCACUGAGAGAUUUUGCUCAGAGCUGGUAUAAAAAUGUUACGCCAGAAAAAAUUCCUCUGCCCAAAUCACCUUUUGAUGAUUUUGUAACAAUGGUGGUGGUAUAUAUGAAAGAAAAUCCUUGGUUGUUGCAACUAGCAUUAGGUACAUUUUUGUUAGGAUUAUUUUCAUCACUAGCCAUGAAGUUUGUACAGAAAAAGCAACCCGAAAAAAAGAAGUCUGAUAAAAAGAGCAAAGAAAAGUCUAAAAAUAAGUAAAAGCUUAUAGAUUUUGUAAUAAUAUUUGGUAAUUAGGUAGUUAAGACUGACACACUGUUUACUACUAUUACAAUACAACUUGACUAAUUUCAGUGAUAGUUCUUCAGUAAAAGUGCAUAUGCACCACAAAAUUGAUGACUCCUUUUUUACAAAAAAAUGUAAUUCAAUUCUGAACUGUUUUUUUUAUGAUUGUUCUUAUUUAAAAAAUCAAGAAUCAGAAGUGAAUUCUAUAAGUUUUUCGUAUUCUUGAAAGCAUAAAGUUGGGGGCUUUUCAUUUAUAAGAAAAGAAUUUUUAACCCAUAAAUACUUUUCCAGAUUGGUACCCAAUUUAUUAGGAAAGUACUGUGUUACCGAGCUUCCCAUGUUUCUAAGAUGAUUAGCAAUAUGAAGGCUUCCCAUAUCAUCUCACAAGAUUUUAAACAGUCUCAUGUUUAACAGUCGAGACUUUAGAAAGUUUAUUAUUCAAACUGACUCUUCAAGAACAGUUUUUAAUGAAACUGGCAUAUUUUUAAUGGCUAAUGCCUGACGAUGAAUUAUACAAAGACUACAGCUGCAAUUUUUCAUUUCCCAUAAGAUAUCAUUUUUAAUAAAAUACUUGUUAGCCAAGCAACGACUCCCUUAUGUAUCUAGCUCGACGGCCUGUGAUUCCGUGUAAAGAUAAAAAAGCCUUCAUACAUACUGGAACAUCACGAGUUAUGAGUCCACCAAGGUAAGAGUUUUGUUGGUCAGUGUUACCUAGAACAAAAAAAAAUACCUGAUUAGACCAGUAAGGUAAGUUGUUUGUUAUUGUUCGUUAAAUUCCCGAAGGAUUCUACGGCGUUCAGGUUCAGGAACAACAGUAAAACAGCGAAAACUUUUACACAAACAGUCAGAUCCAAGUUCAUGGGUAGUGGCACGCAAAAUUUUCAUUACAUCUCGCCCUCUACCGGUUUUUUUGCGUUUCUUCGUUUCUCUGUUUGAUGAACCAGCUUCAUUUUCACUUGACACUGAGUAGUCACUAUCCAUUGUGUACAAAACUGUAAAUACUAUACCAAAUAAACUGGCCUAGCUAAUAAUAUUGCCAAAAAGCAACAAUACAUGCAAACUAACGGCUGAUGCAAUAAAAACUAGUGAACAGGGCCGCGUCGUCAUACGAAUUAUCACCGUAGACAUGAACUGAUGCCGUUUUCCAAUACACGCGAGGACUCAUGUCAUUCUUCCCAAGUAUAGCGUAUGUUUUAGCUAUUCUUUUAUGGACUCAAGCGGUUUUUACCAUUUAACGAUUUCAUUAUCUGGUAGUAACCCAAAGUGGCAUAAAAUAAUACUGCGUGCGGAGUUUCGUAUAAAAAUGGAAUACUGCCGUUUUUCCCCUGGACCCUUCAAUUGUAAUUGUUAACUGAAAUAUUUUUCCCUGUCAAAACAAUAAUUAAACGGAAAAAAACGUCGACACACUAAAAAAUCUUACACGAAAAUGUAAUAUUCAGUAGUACCUACAUAGACCGUACUAUAAAAAUGGUUUGGUAUCAUGCGGUAAGAUAUUGUUAAUCUGAGUGGAAGUUUAACAACUGUACAUACCUUAUUGCGGUACUUCAUUGACACACAAUUGAUUUGCACUUAAUUAAAACGUGAGAAGUUACACGGUAAUAAAUGUUCUUAAGCGGGACUGCAGCGGCGGUAGGGAGGGGCGUAAAAUAUCGAUAUAUUAAACUAUCGAUAUUUUUUCAAAAAAUAAUCGAUAAAUAUAUAUACAUAAUAUAUAAAUAAUAUUUUUUUGAUCUUGAAAUAUCGAUAGUGACUAUAUCGAUAUUUAUUUUCGAGUAUCAAAUUCAAUAUUUUUUCAAGAUCUUCAUAAUAUUUUAUACUUAUUAUGUAUUCCACUUAAUGUCAUAAUAUUUUACCAGCAAGUUAAUUGGAGAGUAUAUUAAAGAGUGAGUAUUUUUGAUGUCUAUAACAGAUGAUUACUGGUUUGAAUAAAAUUCAGAUUACUAACCUCUGUUUAAAUGAUUAUUUUCUGACAUUACUAAAAACUUCAUUUUAUAAACAAUAUUUAGAAGUUAUUUGUAUGCCAAUGACUGAAUGUGCUACUUUGUUGGACGAGUCCAAGGUGUACACAACAUUUCUUAGACGACGCAUAAGAUCAAAAACAUUUUCAAUUAAAUUGAUGAAAGAAAAUAAAUAAUAGAGGAUUAUUUUAUUCAUGAUUUUUUUCUGGUGACACCACUUUAUAAAGAACUCGUACUAUUUUUAGUACCUUGCACGAGAUUUAUCCGGCAACGAAUUAAGAACGGCCGUAUUGCUUUCUUCGGUGAGAUCAGGUGGCGUGGAUUCGAGUAACUCUUCAUCAUUGAUAUUUUCUUUUUCAUCAUCAUUGAUUGUUAUUCUUCAAUUUAGACAAAACUUCGGAUAAAACAAAUAAUUUCAGAACAUUAAAAAUUUAAGGUUAUGCAAAAUCAUCGAAGUGAAACUGUCAACAUUGAAGUGGCUAGAGUCAUAUUUAAGGAAGUGAAAGUUAUCUACUCCAGAGCGUUCCGAAAGUGUUUUGCAGUACGGAACUGUCACUUUCACUACAUGGAACACUCAAAACGCAACUUUCGGUAUGUAAAUGAAUACAGAACGAACAACUUUCAGAUGGCGUCGUCUAAAAAUAUUUAUUUUCAUAAUUAACGAAUAAAACUGAAAAAAUUAAUUGUGUCUCCAUAUUUUUUAAUGUUCGAAAAAUAUCGAUAUUUUUUAGUCUCCAAAAAUCGAUAUUGUUUUAAAAGAUCGAUACGAUAUUUAUCGAUAUGUUGUUUUCGUUUACCAUCCCUAAGCGGCGGCCGUAUGGUCGGACUAAGCGAGGAGUUCAACCAUCCGAAGUUGGAUUAGUGAAGUUCUACUGUAUAUAGAUAGCAGCUAUACUUUAUUUUUAAUUCAAUAAUUUGAAUGUACGAACGCAGAGCUUUGUGUGUUGUAUGCUGCGGAUUGUUCUAACAAAGCUCACCUUUAGCAUCAGAUUGUGAAAGUGCUUGUAGUGGUAGUAAAUAGUGUGUUCAGUAAGAAUACCAUUAACAAUUCUAGAAAUUCCAACUUAGAUAAGUCAAUACUGAAAUAUUUUGAUAAGAAAUUCAUUUUUAAUUCAAACGGUUGUCAUUAUAUCGUAGGUAAAUCUGAUUUUAGAAAUUCUAAUCUUAAAUAUCGUUCUAAUAUUUUUUAUAAACUUGUUUGUUAUUAAAGAAGAAAAUAUAUUAUAAUAAA